AUGGCUGGUGUUAUUCAGCUUGGCGACGCAAUCAAGUUUGCUGAGCUUGCCUGGACCGUCUGGGAAUAUGGAUGGGCAAGGGAGCACAACGCAGGUGAAAACUAUCGCGACUUUGGCGCCGAUGUCCGCACACUUCACAAAAGCCUAGCGGAGCUCGAGAAAGCCGUCGGCAGAGCUCAGGAGUCGCUCCGUGAUCAUGGGGCGUGGGACACUGACAGCCUAGGUGGUGACCGGGACUCCCUGUUGGAAAUCAUUGGAGAUUACAAUGCCACUCUGAACGAAUGUUAUCAGCUCCUCGAGGACAAUCGGCGUUACGCCCAGACAACGGGUCCUAUCAGGAACAUUGAUUGGAACCUCAACAUUAUGCCUCAGGUCGAACAUCUGAGAAGUCGGAUCCAGAUGCACACCUCUCGCAUCCAACAUGUUCUGAAGCCCUUCCAGAUCGACUUGGUCACCAACAUCCACAGAGACUUGGAUCGGAGGUUCCGGGCCAUGCACAGGGAUGUACAAGACGUCAAGAGGACCAUGAAUUCUUUACUCAGACACCAGAAUCCCGGCCUCGCAAGCAAAAUCGAGCAAGAACUCGAGGGAGAGCUUUGCUCUGUCGAAAUAUCAGACUCGUUGUCGGGCAGGUUGGAGCACAUGCUCGAGCGGCGUCAGUCUCUGAGGUUGCCGGAGAUGGCUGACUGUUUUCUCAUCCACCUAAGAAGGGCUACACUGCAACCUCAGCUCGACCCAAACAGCUUCGCCAGGCGAGCAUCAGUGCCUAACUACUUGCCGUUUGCUAAAUGCCAGCUACUAAUGAAUAGGAUGAAGGGGCUUGAUGAGCUGCAGAACCCGCGGAGGACCUCACAUUGGCCUGGGUAUAUCAGCAGUCUUGAGGAAGAGUUGUCGGAAGAAUACUCCCGGGUUCAGAGUAAAAUAAUCGUACCUGGCACCUCAAUGUACAAAGACGAGAUGCUCGCCUUUUGGCCAGAAGACGAACCCCGGACGACGGCGGCACCGAUAGCCCCGGCGGUGGAAGAUACCUGUUUGUUCCAAGGGUCUUUGGCGACUCUGUCGCCUGACAUAAGUCGGCGCGAGGUACAACUACUGCGACACCUGGACUCGGAUCACCGCUUCAGAAUUCUUGAGACUUUUGAGUCAAACACCCUCCCACCGAGAAAGGAUUCAAAGGUGCUUGACUUUGAUCUUCGCUCUGCUGUCCUCAUUCCAUUGUAUGCCGACCCGAUGGGCCGCAGCACGGCAACUCGGUCACUGGAGAUCAUAAUCGAAGCGAAUAAAUCACAGCACCGCUACGUUUUCCUCUGUUUGCAAGAUGUUUUGGCAUUCCAGGCGGCUGUAACAGGCUUCAAGGUUGUGGACGGCUACAUGGAAUCUCAUGCAAUAGCUAAGUUUAUCAUACAUGGAAAAGAACCCCCCGAGGACGUAACUAUACAACUAUGGAUACCGAGAGGGUGGACCGAUACCGAUGACUCGGCGACGACUACACCAACCGACAGCCCGAUAGGUCGGAGCUCUGGCUAUAGGUCGUCUACGCCGUCACUUGUGGAGAGGGGUUGGGAGUGGAAUCGCUAUCCCGUGCCAGAGAGAUCGCAGACUCUGCCCAUCAUUUGCGUUCGAACCUCUCCUCUGAUGGAUGGUUCACUUAAUACGACCUAUUCCCCCACGGGGACAACCAUGACCACACCUGAUCGGUUUCCCCAACCGGAACGUCAAAGCCGCUCCUAUAGCAUUUCUUCGUAUAGGUCUACCGCCACAACCUCCUCUGGUAUGAGCCACAGCAGCCUAGGCUCUGAACACAACGUCACCGUUAGGCUAGAGGGUAGUAGCAUUGGCACGGGCUACGGCACAAUCCGUCAACCUCCUCCCAGCCCGCUUCUGGUGCUGUUCACGGGGCCUAAAGGCCCUGAGUCCAGGCGUUCCAUCGUGGCCAUCACGCUCGACAAGUGGACGGAGCCUCAAAUGCAUCGAUGCAAGUGUCUGCAGUCUCCGGAAUGCCCCAUCACGGCUCUGGAGAGCAGUCGCAAGCUGAUAGACGCCCGGAGGUUCGACGGCGACAAGUGGGACCUUCUACGGCUCGCGGCGUCGCGAGGCGGCGAGCAGCGUCGGGAUGGACUUAUCCGCGUCAGCAUCUGUUUCCCCUCCUCGGAUCUACGAAGGAAGUUUGGCGGGGGGCCUUGUCAGUGUUCCAAGGAGACAGAGGGCGAGCUCGAGGCUUGCCACCUGCAGGGGCACCAGGGUCUCUUGGGGGUGGUGAGGGAUUUCCACCGGAGGCUGCUGAUACAAUAUUACAGGCAGACUGACAGCCUGGUGGACGUGAUGAAUAGUCCCCCUCAUAGGUGA